UUUUGUCGAAUGGUAUCGGCUGUUUGCAAGCAGGCAGAGCUUGCAGGGAGAAUGAACCAUUGUGCCCCCGGGGGGGGGGAGGAAACGGAUUAAAAACCCACUUUUGUUUCCUCUCCGAAAACGGAGAGAUUAUUAAUCCGUUAGAAGGCUUUCCAAAAAGGAGAAUGGAACACGGGACACAUAUCAAGAACUAUAUGUGAUGGGCGGGGUAAUCCUUCUCCGCGUCUUUCCCCCCCCCCCCACCUUUUCUAUGCAUUGAUGCAUUGAUCCACUACUGUCCGGGUUUAAUGGUGCAAAAGGAUGGGUGCAAGCAAGGCUUGUAAUAUCAAAACGCUGCAGAGAAACGUCGUCCUCUUUUGCCCGGGUGGGAAUCGGAAUGGCUGAACAGCUUCGCCGCUACUUCUAGACUGAGCUAUUAGCGCCGCACAAAACAAAAAACACACAAAAAAAACACACCACACAGCCCUACAGGGGUUGCAACAGAAUAGAUUUACGAUUCCCCCCCUUCUUUGAGGAAUGGUACCGCCCAACCUUUGUACGGUGGAGGGGGGAAUGAAUGGACGAAACCAUUGGCGAGGGAGGAACGGUGACUGGCACCGCCUGUAUUGUUCCUGGACGAAGAUCUGCAAGGGACCAUGAGUGAUGGUGACAAGAACCCCGCCAGCACCCCAACCCCGGUCAUCGACGUCCAAGGGGAUGGGCGAUGGAUGUCGUUGCACCACCGUUUCAUUGCCGACAGCAAAGACAAGGAACCUGAAGUCGUCUUUAUUGGGGACUCCCUGGUGCAACUGCUGCACCAGUUUGAGAUUUGGAGGGAGCUUUUCUCCCCACUGCAUGCCCUCAACUUUGGCAUCGGGGGUGAUGCCACGCAGCACGUGCUCUGGCGCCUGCAGAAUGGAGAACUGCAGCACAUCCGUCCAAAGAUUGUGGUACUCUGGGUAGGCACCAAUAACCACGGACACACUGCGGAACAGGUGACUGCUGGCAUAGAAUCCAUUGUGCGCGUCAUCAAUCAGCAACAACCCCAGGCCCGUGUGGUUGUAUUGGGCUUGUUGCCACGGGGCAAAAACCCCAACCCGUUACGAGAGAAGAACCGGAGGGUGAACGAAUUGCUGGAGAGUAAGGUGCCGCUGCUACCCAAUGCCUCCUUCCUCAAUGUCGACCCGGGCUUUGUGCAUUCAGACGGGACUAUAAGUCACCAUGACAUGUACGACUACCUCCACCUGACCCGCAACGGGUAUGCCAGACUCUGCCCUGGACUGCACCGCUUGCUGCUCUGCCUGCUGGGAGAAUGCCAUGCUCAAACACCUUGAUGAGAUGCCCUCGAUCAUACCUAAGAUGCUUUGUCAUUGGCUUGAGUGACUGCCGGAGGCUUAGAAGCUAGAUUGCUGUUGGUUCCAGAUCGGCCGUUUUCAACCACGCCGACUGUAAGUGGACUUCCAACUCCCAAAAUUCCCCAGCCAGCACAGUUGUGCUGGCUGGGGAAUUCUGGGAAUUGAAGUCCACCUGUCUUUAAAACUUGCCAAGGUUGAAGAAACCUGCUCCGGAGCGCCAGUAGUUUCCCACCCAUCUUCUUGCCUGGCAUUUGAAACUGGGUACUCCUUUACUAACUCCAUAAGUCUCCGUGUGGGUUGUUUUCUUUGCCAAGGGGUGGGGAUGAUUGGCACUGCGACCUGCAGCUGCCAAAAAAUAAUUUUUUUAAAAAAAUUGGCACAAGUUUUAACGGGAACAUGUCUGUUUUUAUGUAAUAAAAAUAACUUGGAAGUU